GAUAAAACUCUUGAAUGACCUUGAUGGAGUACCUCUACUCAUAAUUUUCUUUCCUGUGGCCUAUACUUUACUUCCUACGACAUCUAUUCUAGCCAUUGCCCCAUGAUGUCUCCAACUUACAAUUUCCAACAUAAAACCUCCAUAUAAAUAUCAUCAUUCAUCUGCAUUUUCAAAUCUCCAGCACCUGUCAUAGGUUUGAAUUUACUUCAAAUCCCAAGCAAGACCAACCGAUCAAGAAGAUUUGUAGGAGCCGCAUUUAUCUCCGGAGAGACUACCGGCAAGUCAAAUUCCUUCACAAUCAUCUUAUCUAAUCUCGCAGUAUUAACAAGACUUAGCAAGCAUGGACAAGAAGAACGCUUCAGUCACAAAUUGCAAUCUUCCUCCAGUCCUCCCCAAGCCUAGAUCAAGUAUAGAAGCACACGAAUCGCUCCUUUGGUUAGAGAAGGCACGAUGUCUGCAAAUAAUCAUUGCAUACAACGAAGAUAAAACUCAAGAAGAGACUGCUCUUUACAUGGCUAUUUUGCUUGAUCGCAUAUCUGAAUAUGGACCAUGGGCCGAUAAGCUCGAUUUUCUCAUUCACCCACGAAUUGUUCGCUGCUGGGAAAGUCCCAACAUAUAUGCUCAGCACAUUCGCCAGACGAUGGCUUUAGUCAAUCGAAUCAACCGAUCUUUUACUGUCCUUACAUAUGUCAAUGUUCGACUUGAAAUUGACUAUGCUAACUUUCAGCAAAUGAAAUUGGCAGCUUGCUUUAUCGCAUUGAAGGUGUACUGGAAGUUGAGCUAUUACGUCGACGGCAUAUUCAAUCUCAACGAAAUCGGAGCACACAGUCACCUCAUGAGACGUCUUUGUAGUGUUUACGAUAGGGAUUGCAAGGUAUAGAUGGUCAUAUUGUAUGGCGAUGCUGUUGAAGGGGGUGGACGUCUGAUAGGUGUUGUGAUUGGUCGGGAUUGGACGGGUUAUAUUUUUAGAAAUCGUUUUUAGAUUCCUCGGAUUAGCGAGAUGGCUGGGCAAUAUUUUAGUUCUUUACCAAUUUGGCGCAAAAUUUCAUUACGUUUUAUCAUGCAUGGGAAGUUACAAUAUCGAUUUUCUUUGUUCAGGCAGACUCUUUGUGUAGCAUGGAUCGACUGAAAUUACGUGAGAACCUUUAACACCUCUUCUAUCAUACCAUUUUAAAGGUGUAUAUUAUUAGGAAUCUAUGAAUUUUAGAUGCCAAAGUCUUUGCAGAUAUAGCCCCUCAAGUUAAGUAUUCGUGUGCUCUCGUAAGAUCACAAGAAGUGCGGAAGGGUCUUCCUUGUCAGCAGAAAUUUAGACAAUCAAAG